AUGGAGGCGGCACUUCAGUUCUUGUGGAGCAACGCCUCCUCCAUCAUGCAGCUCCGGACCUCUCACGCCCUGACCGCCAUCUCGGCGCUGGGUAAUCUCGUCGUUCAGAAUAUCUAUGCGUUGCCCAGCACCUCUAUUGAGACGCAACACGGCAUAGUGAAUGGCUUCACGGAUGCAUGGGCACCAUCAGUCGCGCAAUUCUACGGCAUCCCCUACGCCGAACCGCCGGUUGGAGACCGUCGAUGGCUUCCUGCCCUGCCGAAGGAGUCCUUCGGGAGCCUGGACGCGUCGUUCCGGCGACCGUCUUGUCCGCAGACGGAUCCUCCGGGAGGCGGAGGCGCAUGGAAAGCGGAGUUCUUGAUCCGGCCCAACAGCACCAGCGAAGACUGCCUGACUCUCAACGUAUGGGCCCCAGUCGACUCUUCGGAAGCUCUUCCAGUCGUCGUAUGGAUUCACGGCGGUGGUUUUACUGAGGGUAGCAAUGACAUUGCCUACCAAACCCCGACUCGAUGGGUGCAGAAAAGCCAGAAGCAUAUCGUUGUCGCCAUCAACUACCGUCUUGGGCUCUGGGGAUUCCCCAAUGCUGCAGGUCUUGACCUCAAGGAACAGAAUCUGGGGCUUUUGGACCAGCGUCUGGCUGUUGAAUGGGUCCGGGACAACAUCGCCAAAUUCGGCGGCGACCCUGAGCGCAUCGUCCUCUGGGGUCAAAGUGCCGGCGCCGCGUCGGUCUCGUACUACCAAUACGCAUACGCCGAGGACCCCAUCGCCAUUGGUUUCAUCAAGAACUCGGGAUCACCGUUCAUCCCCAUCGGAAGCGCCGACACGACACACUCUAGCUUCACGUCGCUGGCGACCGCAUUCGGGUGCCAAGAUGAUGAGCUGGCAUGCUUGAGGAAGGUUCCUUUCCGGGACAUCCAAAAGUAUCUCGGCCAAGCCAGUAAUCUGACGUUCAACGUUGUCGUUGACGAGAGAACCAAGUUUUCCGACUAUGCAGAGCGCACCUUGAACGGAAAGGUCGCCCAAGGGCCCUCGAUCGUCGGUUCGACCAGGGAUGAAUGGAACUUCAGCGGUAGCUCUGAAGCUCCACCAACCAACGGCUCCGAUGUGGUGGCCGACAACUUGUUCGGGUGCCCGGCGCACUACGAGACUGGACUGAGGAACAUUGCCGGUCUCCGGACGUAUCGCUACAUGUACUCGAGCAACUUCACCAACAUCAUGCCCGGAGGCCAGGGGGCGUUCCAUUCGGCGGAGCUUCCUCUAAUUUUCGGGACUCACGACAUUGCGCGUGAGAAUUCUACCGCGUUUGAGUAUGAAGUCAGCGACGAGAUGCAGGACUUGUGGCUUUCCUUCAUUGUGGAUCCCGAAAACGGACCGACGAGUGAAGGCUGGGAUGCCACGCCUUUGGGAGGCCUUGAGACGACCCAAACGGGUAUCGAUAUUGGUUACCAAGGAACUCUUGUGCAGCCAUUUUCCUGGGCUGCUUGGGAGACGGCAUGCACCAACGCCACUGUUGCCUGA